AUGGCUAGUCCACCCGCCAUGGCAGCAGCGAGUGCCGUCAUUCUUAAUGCGGACCAGAUCCACUCCGCCAAGUCGUACUCCAGCGACUCUAGCGGCUCGAGCUUUUCAAGCGACUCCGGCGAUUUGAGCGACGCGCGACCAGCUGCGACUAAUGCGGGUCAGGGUGACAUGCGACAGGAGUCAACGUUUACGGUUGAUAACGACUCCGUUGUCGCUGGUGCGUCGUGUGCGACGCCUGCGACGGGGUACGAGGCGCGGCGACUGGCGAAGGUCCGUGAGACGCAGCGACUUGUGGCGGAGCUGCGGAUGGAAGCGGAAGAGGUGAAACGAGCUGCACGGCAGCAGCACACGCUGGCAAAAUGA